AUGCCUUUCACCGCUAGCGACAUCUGCAAGAUCAUCCUUGCCAUCAUCCUUCCUCCCGUUGGUGUCUUCCUCGAGCGCGGUUGUGGUGCCGACUUCUUCAUCAACAUCCUCCUCACCAUUCUGGGUUACAUUCCCGGUAUUAUCCACGCUCUAUACAUCAUCCUGAAGUACUAA